AUGUUGAAUAGUAAAUCGAAUUUAAGAAAAUAUAUAAAAACGACUAAAAAUGAUCAAACCAUCGAAGAACACGAAGCAAAAAAUGAUUUUAGAUCAAAUAGCUGGAAAAUCACACUCAUCAUUAUUCUGGCAUCACUAUUUGUUCGAAAUUUAAUUUACGAAAAGCCACCAAAACGCCAAAAUUAUACUGACGAACCUGUGCAAUUGGUGCCAGAAAAAUAUAGCGACUCCGAAUUAGUUGAGUGGAAACCUGCGCCAGCUCCGAUCAAUCGGCCCGGUGAGCCGGGAAAUUUGGGUGAAGCCGUUGUCGUUCCGGAAGAGCUGAAAGAAGAGGCCACCAGGCGGUUCUCAGAAAAUAAUUUUGAUAUCGUCGCCAACGAAUUGAUGUCAAUGAAUCGAAGUUUACCUGAUAUGAGAUACCCAGAGUGCAAACAACUGAACAUGCCACGAAAAUUACCUCAAGUGUCUAUAGUCAUAGUAUUUCACAAUGAGGCGUGGUCAACACUAAUUCGUACCGUUUGGAGUGUUAUCACACAAACGCCUAGAGAAUUGUUAAAAGAAAUAAUUUUGGUAGAUGAUUAUAGUACACUCGACCAUUUGGGAAAACCAUUAGAAAAUUAUUUGAGCAAUUUUCCGGUCAAAGUAUCGUUAACGAGAGCACCAUCUCGUGUUGGAUUAAUUCAAGCACGUUUAAUAGGCGCUAGCAAAUCGACGGCAAAGGUGUUGGUAUUCUUAGACUCACAUUGUGAAUGUGUUCAGGCGUGGUUAGAAUCCUUACUGGUACCAAUAGUCGAGAGCCGAACAACAGUUGCCGUUCCAAUCAUUGAUAGAAUACAUUAUAAUACAAUGGCAAUCCACUCGGCCAACUUGAAUACACAAGGCUCAUUUGAUAUGCAUAUGUCGUUUACAUGGGAUCCGUUGCCACAAAAAACUUUGAAUUUUAUGAAAAUGAAUCGUACUGCACCCAUUCCGAAUAUUGCAAUGGCCGGGGGACUUUUUGCAAUUGAUCGUGAAUAUUUUUACAGCUUGGGCGCAUAUGAUGAAAAAAUGACGAUCUGGGGAGCUGAAAACACUGAAAUUUCAAUUCGUAUCUGGACCUGUGGAGGAAAAAUAGUUUCAGUGCCAUGUUCGCGAGUUGGCCAUAUUUUUCGCACCUCAUCGCCGUAUACAUUUGAUGGGGGAAUUAAUCGCAUCAUUUCUCACAAUAAAGCAAGAAUGGCCGAAGUCUGGAUGGAUGAAUUCAAAGAAACGUAUUUCAAACUGAAUCCACGAGCAAAACGAGAAUUAACCAAUGUUGAUGAACGAAAAAUGUUACGAAAAAGACUUCAAUGCAAACCAUUCAAAUGGUUUUUAGAAAAUAUUUUCCCAGGAAGUCCUUUCAAUAUUAAAAACUAUAAACUUGUCGAAAUUGAAAGUCUUCAUUCAAAUGAAGCAUGCAUAGAUGCAGGGGGCGGAUCAACUGAAUCUACUCGCAAAUUUCAAGUGAAGAAAUGUCAUUUUUUGGGCGGAAAUCAACUGUUUAUGUUUACCGAGAAAGGCGAAAUUCGUGAAAAAAAACUCUGCAUGGAUGCAACGGUUCCUGGAGCGCCAGUCACAGCUUGGCCAUGUCAUGGUCAACGAGGAAAUCAAUUUUUUUAUUAUGAUGAAAGCACAUUCCAAAUCAAACAUUCAACCGGAAUAAAUUGUUUAACAUUACAAGACUCGUUUGCACUAACAAUCCAAAAGUGUGAUGGAUCAAUGGCUCAAAAAUGGCGUUUAUACAAUCAUUGAAUUCACAUCUU